UAUCUUAAUCACAUGGAUCUGGCACGCAACUUUGCUGGUACAAUAUCAGGACUUCUCCACACAGUAGUUACAUCCUGUGGAAUAUUUGCUCCACUUGCUGUAGGAGCCCUGAUUAAUGAAAAUCCAUCACUUACACAAUGGAAUAUAGUAUUUUACAUUGCUGCAGGAAUUUCAGCAGGUACAUAUGUUUUGUACUUUGCCUUAGGAAGUGUUAAAGAGCAGUCCUGGAACACACCCAAAGUUGAAAAGGAAGAACCAAGUAUCAGCACAAUCACAAAGAAAGUAUAAUACCGAACAUCUGUUUGAUAUUUUGGUAGUAGGCCUUGUUGCCAUUGCUCAUCCAGCUGUGCUACAAUUGCAAAUGUAGCCACCAAAGAGACAUAGUACUUUGAUAUUAUCCUCGUAACUACUGUAUUAGAAGCUAUGAUCUGAGUACUAUAAAAUAUGUUUGUGUACCUUUAAUGAAAGUAUUCUUCCCCUACUAGCAGAAAAAUUGUGUACAGGAUUACAUUUGUAUGGACCUGACAAGUAGGGUUUUAGAAAAAUUGACAUUAAAUAUGUUAAUAUUUGAGCUUCAGUUGGUGCUCUAUCAUCUAAAUAAACUAUGUCUUUACUGUCCUGUCAGAUACAUUUCAUUUCACUGACUGCUCCCUGUCUGACUGCUUUGUUCACAUAUUUGCAUGUCUGAUAUUACUGACUCUUUAUAGUGUCAUAACGCUAGUUAAUCAUAUACAUAAAGUGCUUUAAUGGACCACAGUAAAAAUUUGUUUCAUUCUCUUUCCAUAUUUUGCAAACAAAACUCAUUGAAGCUGUCACUCAGCCAACAUUUCUGGAAUGCAUGUGUGUAUUUGUAAGCACUUAUGUAGAUGUCUGAGUGUGUGAAAUAUCACCAUUAUAUCAUUUGUA